CGAGCGUCGGCGGCUAGAGAUGGGGGAAGGUUUGCCAGCCCCGGGUGUGAGUGAGUGAGCAGUGCGAUGACUGUGUCGUGUGGUGACUCAAAAUGACUGGGCUGGAAGUGGAAGGCGGGGCAGCGAAAGAAAUCAUCGCUGGGCGGUUGUAGGAUGGCGGGGUCACAUAAAGGCCCGUCCACCGCAAGCCCGCUCUGACGACACUCUUCUGCUUCCCAAGAAACACCAAAACACCACCCGUUGCGACAGUCUGCUCUUUUGUCCUUUUUCACAGCAAGCAGUCCUGAUUUCGAUACCACAGAUCUUGCAUGCGACGACGCCAACGACGACCGCUUUAGCAGACCGACAUCCCCCGUCUUCCUUCCCACCCACCAUGUCCCGCCAAAUCAACCAACCCUCCAACCAAAUCAAGCUUACAAAUGUCUCGCUCGUGCGCCUGAAGAAGGGCAAGAAGCGCUUCGAGAUUGCUUGCUACAAGAACAAGGUGCUAGAGUGGCGCUCCGGCAUCGAGACGGACCUCGACAACGUCCUGCAGAUCCCCAACGUCUUCCUCAACGUCUCCAAGGGCCAGACGGCGCCCAAGGAGGACAUCGAGAAGGCGUUUGGCAAGGGCAAGUCGACCGACGACGUCGUCCUCGAGAUCCUGAAAAAGGGCGAGCUCCAGGUUGGCGAAAAGGAGCGCGCGGCGCAGCUGGAGCGCGUGCACAAUGAGGUCAUCGGCAUAGUGGCGAGCAAGCUCGUCGACCCGCGGACCAAGCGCGUCUACACGUCUGGGAUGAUCGAAAAGGCCCUCGACAUGCUGAGCUCUCAGGCGCACACGAACCCGGACAGUAAGAGCAACACGGCCAGCGGCACGGGGACGCCCGUCGCCGGAGAGGACAGCGAGGCGAAGCCGCGAGCCAAGGAGCAUAGCUGGACAGGGGUUGUCACCACCAAGAGCGCCAAGAGUCAGGCCCUCGACGCCAUGAAGGCCCUCAUCGCAUACCAACCCAUCCCGGUUGCCCGUGCGCGGAUGCGGCUGCGCGUGUCCUGCGCUACAGGGGUUCUGAAGCAGGCAGUCAAGGCCCCCGGCGGGGCCAAAGGCGCGGCGUCCAAGGAAGAGGACGGGGAGCAGAAAGCGCCGGGGACCGUCAAGGACAAGAUACUCGGAUACGUCGAGCAGGUAGAGACUCAGGAUGUCAUGGGCUCAGAGUGGGAGGUGGUGGGCUUCGUGGAGCCUGGCGCCUUCAAGCCUCUGUCUGACUUUAUCGCCAACGAGACCAAGGGCCAGGGCCGAGUGGAGGUUUUGGACAUGGCCGUCACGCAUGAAGACUAGACAGUCCAAUGAUGACUUUGAUACCCGCCAUGCAUGAC